CGAGGAGCCGACAGCACACCCGCAGCCGCCAUGAGGGCUGUGCUCUGGGACCUGCUGCUGCUCUGCCUCUUCGCCCGGGCGCGGGGCGACUGCCGGGGGGACUGUCUGCACUGCGACCGCCACCUCUACCGGGACAGCUUCGACGUCCUCGUCUGCAUUCUGGAGUGUGAAGGCGAAGCCGUGCCACGGGCCACCUGGGAGCUGUGCGCCGCCGCCGCCGGCCGAGCCGCCCCCCGUCCCCGCGACCUGCCGGACGCCGGAGACCCCUGGGCCGAGGUGGUGCCGGGGAACCCACCGCAGGUCAUCCAGCCGUUGGGGCGCCGGGAAGCCCAAGAGGAAGACGAGGAAGGGGCGCCGGGGGCCUUCCCUCAGCCACCCGAGGACAUUUCCCGACGCCUGGGAGGUUUCCCCCGGGGGACGCGCCGCGGCUCGUGGCCGGCGCCGACGGGCCGGGGGGUGCAGAAGCGUUACGGGGGCUUCAUCGGGGUCCGCAAGUCGGCGAGGAAGUGGAACAACCAGAAGAGGUUUAGCGAGUUCCUGAAGCAGUACCUGGGCAUGUCGCCCCGCUCCAGUGAGUACGACAUUCCCGGCGGCCUCAGCGAGCACAACGAGAUCUAACGGAGACCCCGCGCCGCCCCGGCGAGGUCCACCAUGGCCAAAAAAGUCAACCCUCUCACCCCUCUACACCACAUGUCCAUAGGUGCAAAUUUAAAAAAAAAGAAGGGGGCCAAAAAAAAAAAACAACCCAAAAAUUAUAAUUAUAAUCAUAAGCGUCAUAAAUAAUUCGGAAAUGGGCUGGAAAAUGCUGAAUUGGAGAGCGGGGAGGGAUGCUGAGAGGGGCCGGUUCGGCAUCCAGAGGGUGCCCGGGGGAAAAGGCCCUUUGAAUUGGAGAGCGGGGAGGGAUGCUGAGAGCGGCCGGUUCGGCAUCCGGAGGGUGCCCGGGGGAAAAGGUCUUUUGGAGUCAGCCCGUGAGGGGUGGUGGGCAAAAGAAAAAUAGGGGUUUUUUGUCCUCGACGUGGAGUAGGUCUGAGGGAUGGUUCGGUCCCCCAAAGUCCAGGAAAAAAAAAAUAUUAAAAAAAAUUAAAAAUCGAAAUUUUCAAAAUUAAAUUUAAAAUUAAAUUUUAAAAAUUUAAGAAUUUAAGAAUUAAGAAAGUUAAUCAAUAAAAAUAAAUCCAAUGAAUAGAUCGAUUUUUAAAGCUACAAUUUUACAAAUGAAAUAAAUGAAAACAUAUCAAAACCAAGCGGAACCCUUUUCCUUUUGGAAAUUAAAUCCUUCCUCCCCGGGGGCUGCAGC